GUCACAUGACUCCCACCCAUCAGGGAGGGGACAGGAGGGAGGACAUGACCCAGAUACAAUGUAACAGAAGAGACGAAUCUGCAGCCAUGAAGCCAAGAAUGUUCCGCAGGUUGUGGUUCCUCGUUGUUCUCUGUGUCCAACUGAAGAUCACACAUUGUGGUGUCUAUCCUGAGCCUGACCAGAGUCUGAGGGUGCCCCCGGGAUGGUCUCCUGCAGAGCAUCUCCCCAGCAGUGACUCGGUCAUCCUGACAUUUGCCCUAAAGCAGCAAAAUGUGAAGAAGCUGGAAGAACUGCUGUACAGAGUGUCUGAUCCCGGGUCACCUGACUACGGUCGGUUCCUGUCCCUGGAGGAGCUCCGCUCCCUGGUGCAGCCAUCAGAAGAUACCCUGAGGACAGUAAGGACCUGGCUGGAGAAACAUGGCGUGGUGAACUGCGAUGGUAUCGCGACCAGAGACUUCUUACAGUGCCAGAUGGACGCCAGAACAGCAGAGAAGCUCCUCCCCGGUGCCCGCCUCAUCCGCUACGUGAAGGAAGAACAAAGUGUUGUCCGAUCUGCUUCACCAUAUUCUCUGAACCCAGAAGUGGCCUCACACAUUGACUUUGUCGGAGGACUUCACCGCUUUCCACCAGAUCGGAGAUUACGGAGACAGGAGAAGGAUGGAACGACUGCAGAAUUUCACCUCGGAGUCACCCCGUCCGUUCUGCGUCAGCGAUACAACCUGUCCGCCAGUGACAUCGGGGCCCAUCCCAACAACAGCCAGGCCUGUGCCCAGUUUUUAGAGCAGUAUUUCCACCCUGCCGACCUCUCAGAGUUCAUGAGCCUUUUUGGAAAAAGUUUUGAGCACCGGGUGGAGGUGGAUCAUGUCAUUGGGCAGCAGGGGGGAGGAAGGGCCGGUCUGGAGGCCAGCUUGGAUGUUGAGUACAUCAUGAGUACGGGGGCCAACAUCUCAACCUGGGUGUUCAGCAACCCUGGCCGCCACGAGUCACAGGAACCAUUCUUGGACUGGAUGUUACUGCUGAGUAACCUGUCCUCACUCCCCUGGGUCCACACCAUCAGUUACGGGGAUGAUGAGGAUAGCCUGUCUGUGGCUUUUAUGCAAAGAAUCAACAUUGAGUUCAUGAAGGCCGGAGCUCGGGGACUCACCAUCCUCUUUGCAUCAGGAGAUGACGGAGCCGGAUGCAGACAAAUUUCUAAAGACAAGAACGUGUUCCGGCCAAGCUUCCCCGCCUCCAGCCCCUACGUGACUACUGUCGGUGGAACCUCUUUUAAGAAUCCAUUCCAGGUAACAGAUGAGGUGACAGAUUACAUCAGCGGGGGAGGGUUCAGCAACGUUUUCCCGAUGCCCGACUACCAGGUUUCCGCCGUAUCAAAGUAUUUCACGUCUUCAGUGAAGAUGCCUCCGGGGAGUUACUAUAACCGCAGCGGCCGGGCGUAUCCUGAUGUGGCGGCUCUGUCUGACAACUACUGGGUUGUGACUAAUCGUGUUCCAAUCCCCUGGGUAUCGGGCACCUCUGCCUCCACGCCCGUGUUCGGUGGGAUUCUCUCUCUAAUAAAUGACCAGCGGAAAAAGCGAGGUCUCUCUACUCUGGGAUUCUUAAACCCAGCGCUGUAUCGUUUAGGUGGGGCCACUGAUGCCUUGUUUGAUGUCACAGAAGGAUGUCACCUCUCUUGCUUUGAUGAUCUAGUUCUGGCACAAGGAUUCUGUGCGGCUCCCAGUUGGGACCCAGUGACUGGCUGGGGGACCCCAAACUACCCUGAAUUACUGAAGUCCUUACUGUGAAUAUGACUGAAGAGCCAAGACUGCCAGGAAGAUGAUCUCCACAAUACUAAAGCUUAAAGCAAAUUGGGCAGAAAUCAGAAUUGUUAAUGCGCUGAUGGAAUAUUCUUCUGUAUUGGUCCGGCCUAGUCACCUGCCACUGUUGAAGGGACUUGUAAAUGGGAAGGAACUGCCCCCGUUCAGACCCCUGAUUACCUUGAAAGAUUAAUAAAAAGAUAGGACAAGUCCCUCUUCAGAUUUGACCUCAUUGCCUACACGGGAGGCAGAUCCCAUUCUUUACCUCCCAUCACAACCCAAGUGCCGUCAUCUCCACUCACGACAGCCUUAUAACUCACAACCUGCCAUGUUCCAGUAUACGGACAGCCGCCCCCCCCCCCCCAUAGAUGUGGAUAGAUUCCUGUGGCUCUGAUGCUUUCACCUGAUCUCAGGGAGUGCACACGUGCACAUUAUUGUGGUACUAUUGCUCUGCUGAUUGUAAUUUACAGAUUUAACUUUAUGUCCAGCCUCGGCCAGUCCGCCUAUGGGCAAAGCUCUUACAUCCUGAACGUGGGCCCAGGCGAGAUGCGACCAUCUGCAUAAGACUGGAACUGGGGCUUCAUGAUAGGAGUUGCGAUCUGGAUUUGCUGUGUGUUGCUUUAUCAGAAAUAGGACUGGAUCCCAAGAGAGAGAAAAGAUGAAGGACUUCUACACAAUGGAAUGGUACGUGGGCCGAAAACACUCAAGGUGAUUUUGCUUUCUUUGGGUUUGAUUUUAAUAAAUUUUGGGCUUUCUUACAUUA